AUGGCUGUCGACACCUCAGAUAGUGUCUGUCCCACGCUCCGCGAUGAGCCUCUCAGUGACGAAAAGCCUCAAGACGACACUGCUUCAACACCAAGCCAAGGCGAUGAAGAGAACCAGGAUUGCACAACAGAUGACCCAGGUCAACCUCCAGAUGGCGGCUUACAAGCCUGGCUGCAAGUCGUGACAGGCCAUCUCGUCGCUUUCAACUCAUGGGGCUACCUCAUCAGCUUCGGCAUCUUCCAACCCUACUAUGAAUCCGAAUUCUCUCUCCCGCCCUCGACAAUCUCUUGGAUCGGCAGCUUAGAAGUCUGUCUCAUUUUCUUCAUCGGCACAUUCUCCGGCCGAGCUUUCGACGCAGGAUAUUACCGUACUGCCCUCGCAGUCGGUCUCUUCCUCCAAAUACUAGCCAUCUUCAUGACGAGUAUUGCAUCAUCGUACUGGCAAGUCCUUCUCGCCCAGGGAAUCUGCCAAGGUCUUGGUAAUGGCAUCAUUUUCGCACCGACGAUAGCAAAUAUGUCAACGUAUUUCACUACCAAGAAGACUAUUGCUAUAUCCGCUGGUGCAUGCGGCGCUGGUACAGGAGGAAUUGUGUUCCCGCUGAUUGCGCAGCAACUUCUUCCCAAGAUCGGGUUUCGCUGGACGGUGAGAGUCAUGGGAUUGGUAGUUGCUGUGUCGUCGAUGAUUAUAAUGAUCAUUGCGAAAACAAGACUCAAGGCGAGAAAGGCUGGGCCACUUGUUGAAUGGGCUGCGUUCAGGGAGCCAGCAUAUGUCCUCUUUGCGGCAGCGAUGUUCUUUACCUUGUGGCCGACCUGGAUCUCCUACAAUUAUGCUCGCCAAUACACAACCGACAAACUCUCUGGCUCAGCAUCAGACUCAUUCCUAAUCCUCAUUGUCAUCAACGCAGUCGGCAUCCCAGGUCGCAUGAUAUCCGCCUUUCUCGCCGACCGUCUCUUCGGCGCGAUCCCUGUCUUCAUACCCACAAUCUUCUCUGCCUCACUAUGUCUCUAUCUCUGGUCACAAGUAUCCUCCCUCACGGGAAUGUUCAUCUGGGUCAGCAUAUUUGGCUACUUCGGCGCUGCGAUACAGAGUCUCUUCCCUUCAUGCUGUGCGAGCUUGACACCGGAUUUGAGUAAAGCCGGAACGAGAAUCGGAAUGAUCUUCUCGAUUAUUAGUUUUGCGGCGCUGACAGGGUCGCCUUUGGCUGGGAAAUUGAUGCAAGCUACGGGCGGGAGUUAUUUAGCGGCCCAGAUUUGGGGAGGGUCGAGUAUGAUUCUGGGGAUGGGGUUGCUGUACGCUGCGAAAAGAGCUGAAGCACGUCAGGCGGACUAG